AUGUUGUCGCAAUUCAGCUUCGGGAUUCAUCGCCAACCUCGUGCCAAUGCAAGCAUGGCGUGGCUAGAGAAGCUGAAUUCGAGGCUCGAGUCAUUCUUAGAUGUUGACUUCGACAGCUCCCUAACCCAGACGUCGCACAUGGUGGAAGCAUCCGUCGCUCAGGUGGGCAGCGGCGUGCGACAGCUGUACGGCGACUUGGUGCGCGACCUCUUCGUGCCCGCCUGGGACGACGACGACCUCUUCGCCCCUGCCGCUCCCGCCCCCGUCGCUGCUGCCAAGACGGCUGCUGCUGCUGCUGCUGCUGGUGUGACGACCCAUGUCGCUUCUCACUCGAGUGCGCGCAAGCGCGCGUCGGCCUGCAGCGCGGUGGAGAGGGGCUCCAAAGCAGCGGGGAGCGCGCCACAACGCGCCUCUCCCGCGUCUGCCCAGCGCGGCCAUCUGGCUGCUACUCCGGGCGGGGCUGCCCCGCCUGCCUCUGCUGCUUUCGCUGGAAAAAGGGCAACGGCGGUGCCUGCCAACAGGGGGGCGAGUUCAUCCACCAAGGGGGGUUGCGACGAGGGCGAGAGUGCGCUCAUAGUGGGGGGCGCGUCGGCACCUGCUGCUAGUGGCGACGUGCGCGUGGCGCGGCGAACAGGGAGAGGCGACGUGGCAUCUGAGGGAGCGAUUAAAGCGCUGGCCAUGGCAGGAGGACGAGGCGGUUUGGCAGGAGUGGUGGAGGGUGAGAGAGAGCGGGGCGAGACAGAGGGCAGAGUGGCAGCAGUGCGAGGAAGGCUUGGCACAGUAAGUGCGCCUGGUGGGACGAGGCAGGGCGCCAGUGCGGCAUGCGGAGGGGCGCAGGGAUUGGCACGGGCUGGCGAUGAGUGCGAGGAGGAGGAGGAGGAGGAGGAGGAGGAGGAGGAGGAGGAGGAGGAGGAGGAGGAGGAGGAGGAGGAGGAGGAGGAGGAGGAGGAGGAGGAGGAGGAGGAGGAGCAGGAGGAGGAGGAGGAGGAGGAGGAGGAGCAGGAGGAGGAGGAGGAGGAGGAGCAGGAGCAGGAGGAGGAGGAGCAGGAGGAGGAGGAGGAGGAGGAGGAGGAGGAGGCGAUGGGCGAGUGGCGGGAGAUGGUGGGCGAGCUGGAUGCCCUGCUGCCUGGCGCCGCUGAGGAGGCCCAGGGGAGCAGCGUGGGGGGGGAGGGCCGGGGAAGUGGCAGCAAGGGGAGCACUGGCCGUCAUUGGCCCUGUGGUGGAUGUGGCAGUGGUGCGGGGUUGGUGGGUGGGGUGGUGCAGGCUGGGCACGCUGCAGACGAUAAUUGCACGCAGGGAGGGAGCGCGGAAGGAGGAGAGGGCAGCAUCCAGCACAGCACGGGUGCAGAGGGAAGAGCAGGGGAGUGUGGUGGUACGACGGCAGGAGGGCGACGCCUAUUGUCCACACGGCAGGUGAAGGUGGCGGUGCGGCCGCUCAAUGCGCCGAGCGGCAGGACGGCGGCAGCGCCCGUGACGAGGGCGUCCGCCAUCAUGGACUACGUCUCCGACAUGAGCCGCGCCGCGCCCAAGGGGCUGUUCCCGCCGGAGCCCGAGAAGUACACGGGGCCGAAGCUCAAGGUGGCCAUCGUGGGCGCGGGGCUGGCCGGCAUGUCCACCGCCGCCGAACUGCUCGACCAGGGCCACGAGGUGGACAUUUACGAGGCGCGGCCGUUCAUAGGCGGCAAGGUGGCGAGCUUUCAGGACAAGGACGGCAACCACAUCGAGAUGGGGCUGCACGUCUUCUUCGGCUGCUACAACAACCUCUUCCGCCUCAUGGCCAAGAGCGGGGCGGUGAACAACCUGCUGCGCAAGGAGCACACGCACGUGUUCAUCAACAAGGGCGGCGUCACUGGCGAGCUGGACUUCCGGUUCAUAACGGGCGCGCCCUUCCACGGGCUCAAGGCAUUCUUCACCACCAACCAGCUCUCGCCGGUGGACAAGGCGUUCAACGCGCUGGCGCUGGCCACGAGCCCCGUGGUGCGCGCGCUGGUGGACCCCGAGGGCGCCUUCCAGGACAUCCGCGACCUUGACAAGGUGAGCUUCAGCGAGUGGUUCACAUCCCACGGUGGCACGAGGGAGAGCAUCAAGCGCAUGUGGGACCCGGUGGCGUACGCGCUGGGGUUCAUAGACUGCGACAACAUCAGUGCGCGCUGCAUGCUCACCAUCUUCGCCUUCUUCGCCACCAAGACCGAGGCCUCCGUGCUGCGCAUGCUCUGCGGCUCGCCCGACCGCUUCCUCGCCGGCCCCAUCGCCAAAUACAUCACCGACCGUGGGGGGAGGUUCCAUGUGCGGCAGCCGUGCCAGGAGGUGCUCUACUCCACUGCUGCUGAUGGCUCCACCGUUGUCACUGGCCUGCGCAUGAAGCAGGCGGGAGGCAAGGAGCAAAUAGUGACGGCCGAUGCCUACGUUGCUGCGCUGGACGUGCCGGGGGCGAAGAGGCUGGUACCGGGGGAGUGGAGGGAGCGGUGGGCGCAGUUCAGGGACAUCUACGAGCUGGUGGGCGUGCCCGUCAUCACCGUGCAGCUGCGCUACGACGGCUGGGUCACCGAGAUGAACGACAUCGAGCUGUCCAGGCAGCUGGCGCGGGCGGCAGGGCUGGACAAUCUGCUCUACUCACCCGAUGCCGACUUCUCAUGCUUCGCUGACCUGGCGCUCACCAGCCCCGACGAUUACUACAGGGAGGGCCAGGGCUCGCUCAUGCAGGUGGUGAUCACCCCAGCAGACCCCUACAUGCCAAUGACCAACGAGGCCAUCGUCGCCAAGAUGAACGACCAGGUCAUGGAUCUGUUCCCAUCGGCGCGCGGGCUGACGCUGCUGUGGCACUCGGUGGUGAAGAUCAACCAGUCGCUGUACCGCGAGGCUCCCGGCCUCGACCAGUUCCGCCCCGAUCAGAAGACGCCUGUCCCCAACUUCUUCCUCGCCGGCUCCUACACGAAGCAGGACUACAUAGACAGCAUGGAGGGCGCCACGCUGUCGGGCAGGAGGGCAGCAGCGCGCAUCUGCAGCGAGAGCCGGUGGCGGGGCUUGGUGGUGGGCGCACGGGUGGCGGAGAGGGUGGCGGAGUCUUCAGGCGCUGGAGCGCGCGCAGCAGUGACGGAGGAGAGCAGGGGAGAGGGGGAUGAGAGGUGGCGCGGUGAAGGGGUGGCAGUGGGUGGGGCGGAGAGGGAGGUGGGGGGCGAGGGUGGAGCGAGUGAGCAGGUGGUGUUCGACCCCCCAGCCGUGCCAGCAGCGUUUGAGGGAGUGCAGCAGUGGGUGGUGUUCUCCGACCUCCAUGUGUCCCGCCGCAACACUGAGCUCUGUGCCGCGCUGCUCACACACGUGCACCAGCUCGCCAAAGACAGGGGGGCGGGAGUGGUGUGUCUGGGGGACUUCUGGCACGUGAGGGGGUCGCUGCCAGUGGAGGCACUCAACGCCGUCAUGGCUGCCAUGGGGCCCGCUGUGUGGACGCAGCCCACCAUCAUGAUUCCCGGCAACCAUGACCAGGUGUCGGUGGACGGGGCACAGCACGCGCUGGCAGUGCUGCCGCGCAUCAACCCGCACAUCGUGGUGCUCCCACGCCCCGCUGUGCUGCUCGCCGCCCUCUGGCUGCCCUUCCGCCACCACGCGUCCCUCCUCACCUCCGCCCUGCACCAAGCGCUGCACGCCCCCCCGCCCUCCGCCCCCCCCAUCCGCGCCAUCUUCAUGCACGCGGACGUGGAGGGGGCGCGGCGCAGCAGUGCAGAGGGCGCCAUUACCCUGCCAGGCGAGGGGCUGGACCCGCUGCUGCUGCCAGCCGGCGUGCCCGUGUACUCGGGGCACCUGCACCUGCCGCACACCGUGGCCACGGCCGGGCGCACCGUGCACUACGUGGGGUCGUGCGUGCAGCACAGCUUUGGGGAGGCGGGGCAGAGCAAGCGGGCUGUGGUGCUGCAGGGCGGCACGUGGGAGCACGUGGAGGAUAUUCCCCUGGACGUGGGGCCGCGGCACUUCAUCAUCCCCGCUGCUGCUGCUUCAGCCUCACAGCUGGGUGAAGGGGACGGGGAGUCAGAGUCGCAGGCAGGCGAGGGGUGGCAGCAGGUGGUGCCGCUGCUGCGAGCAGGCGACCUGGUGCGGUGGGAGGUGCCGGGAGGGGCGGACGCCAAGGAGACGAGACACGCGCUGGCGAGCCUGCGGGCCACAGGUGCGCUGGUGCAGACAGUGGCGUCACAGGCGCUCUCCCGCCCACCGCGCAUCCUGCAGGCUGACACGCUGGAGCCCUCACACGUGUUUGCCAGCUACGCCAUGGCCGCCCAUCUGCCCCCACCCGUCGUGUGUGCCGCCCAAGAGUUGCUCAAGGACCUGGAAGUGCCGCCCCGACUCAUGCACCGCACCACUGCGCACGUGUGUCUGGAUGCGGUGCAUGUGAGUGGCUUCGGCCCCUUCCUCGCGCCCACCACAUACCCCCUCGCUGCACGCGGCAUCGUGCUGCUGUGCGGCCGCAACGAGGCAGCGGGGGGGGCGGCGGGCGACAGCAACGGGGCGGGCAAGACGUCGCUGGCCAUGGCGGCGCUGUGGGCGCUCACGGGCAGCAUGGACGCGCGCCCUGACUCCCGCCAAGGGCUGCGCAUGGCCGACGUUGUACACCGCAGCAGCCAGGGGGAGGGAGGCGAGGGGGGCGUGGGGGAAGGGGUCGAGGGGAAGGGGCGCGGGAGGAGGAGGAAGGGGGAGGGUGGUGGAGGAGGGGUGGCGCGCGUGCGGGUGGAGGGGAGGGUGAAUGGCAAGGCGUUUGUAGUUGAGAGGGAGGCGUCCAGCCGGCGGUCAGCAUUGCGCUUUGAGGUGGAGGGGGAGGACCAGACGUGCCAGGAGAUCAGACUCACACAGGAGAGGAUCGACGCCCUCAUGGACACCUCUCUCCUCUCCCGCACUGUGUUCUUCGGACAGCACUCCACCGCUGAGCUGCUUGAAGCCAACGACGCCGACUUCAAGGCGGAGCUGAGUGCGGUGGUGGGGAUGGACGUGUGGGGGGCGGCCAGGGCGCGCAGCAGGGACGCCGUGAGGGCGCUGCAGGCGCAGGUGGGGGAGAUGACGGGCGGGCUGGCGGUGCGCAGGGACGCCGUCAGGAAGCUGCAGCGCAUGGUGGAAGAAGCAGAGGGUGCCUUCAACGCCUGGGAAGAACACAGGGCGGCACGGCAACAGCGAGUGGGUGUGCAGCAACGGCAGGCGGAGCAGCAGCUGGCGUCCGCCUGCCAGCAGCUGGCAGCGCUGGUGGCUCCUCGCCUGCAGGCCGCCGUGGCCCUCUCGCACUCGCACGCCCUCGCCCUGCACUCCUCCGUGCUCGCCUCCCUCUCUGGUGGGGAGGCGCAAAGGGACGAGGGUGCAGGUGGGGGAGGAGUGGGUGGAGGCAGGGCACGGAGGGGCGAGGAGGAGGCGGGGAUGGAGGAGCGGGAGCGAGUGCUGAUGACUGGGAUCGCGUCCCUGCAGGGCGAGCUGUCAGCGGUGCGAGCAGGGCUGGGGGCGCAGCAGCAGCGGCUGGGGGAGUUUGAGGCGCAUGUGGGGGGGAUAGUGGGGGGAGGGAAGGUGCUGGUGUGUGACAGGUGUCAGCAGCCCAUUGAUCCGCUGCAUGCACAGGAGUGCAGCAGGCAGCUCCGGGCGGAGGUGGAGGAGGCGCAGCGACAACUCGCAAAAAAGCAGCAGGCGCAAGAGGCGCUGCAGGGGGAGUUGGUGGGCGUGCGGGAAUGGCUGGAGGCGCGGCGGAGGGAGAGACGGGAGAGCGAGGAGAGGGACGCACAGGCGAGGAGGCAGCAGCAGCAAGCGGCCAUGGCACAGCAGGAGGAGUUGAAGGCAGUGCAGCGCUACACAGCAGCAGCCUCGCAGGCACUGGACUCACUGCUGCUCUUCCUGCACCGCCAUCAUCCACUGGCCGCCACCUCUGCUCCCACCGUGGGCGUGGAUGGCGAGGGCAGCGGGGCGUGGCGGCAGGAGGCGGUGGCAGCGGUGAUCCGCGAGGCGGGGGAGGCGGUGGUGGCGGGGGAGGCAGCGGAGGCGGAGGUGGAGAGGUGGCGCAGGGAGGCGGAGAAGGGGCGGGCAGAGGGCAACCCGCAUGAUGGGGAGCGGCGGCGGCUCGUGGAGAUGCUGGGGGAGGCAAAGGGGGAGGUGGAGGCAGUGGAGGGGGAGGUGGAUGCGGGGGAGGCACAGCUGGGCAUCAUGAAACAAGUGGACGCCGCCUUUGGGCUCGCUGGCGUGCAGAGCUUUGUGUUGGAGGGCGCGCUGUGGCAGCUGGACGCCCACGUGGCGCGCUACCUGGCUGCGCUCUCCGGAGGCGCUCUGCACCUUCACCUCUCGCCUACCCGUGCCGCCGCCACUGCCACCAAGGCCGCCCGGGGGAAACUCUCAAAGAAGGCCGGUGGGGCGGGGAGGAAUGGCGCGGCGGGCAGCGGCACGGACUCUGAAGCGUCAAGCGACAGUGGGGGAAGCGAAAGGGGAGAGGGGGAUGAGGAGGGGGGGGCGGAGGAGAGCAGCGGCGGGGGGUCGGGGCAGGUGUUGGAGCGGAUAGACAAGAGUGUGCGCGUGCGCCUGGCCUCGGGGGAGCUCGUCCCGCGGGCGUUGCGCCAGCUCAGCGGCGGGGAGCGGCGCCGCGUGGCGCUGGCCCUCGCUCUGGCGUUCGCUGAGCUGGCGGCGGAGCGCAGUGGCGUGCACUACGACCUGCUGGUGCUGGACGAGGUCUUUCAGCAUCUGGACGACGAGGGAGUGGCAGCGGUGGCGGCGGUGCUGAGGGCGCUACCGCAGCGCACGGUGGUGGUGGUGUCGCAGGCCAACAGCCGCGAGGCACUCGCUGAGUUUGGAGUGGUGGACUGGGUGGUCAAGCGCAACGACGUCGCCACUGUUGAGCUCGCUCACAUGUAG